AAAAAAAAAGUUAGAGGUCGAUCGAGAUGGCAGCGGAGGCGGCAAUCUUAUCUUUGGUGGAUCUACUGGGCAAUCAGCUCAUCCAGAAGGUGAAAUUCAUGCGAGGCGUUAAGAGAAAUGUGGAGUUGCUGAGAGACGAGCUGAGGAGGAUGCAAUCCUUUCUCAAAGACGCCAACAAAAAGCAAUUUGAAGACGAGAGCGUGCGUAAUUGGAUCUCGGGUAUCAGAGAGUUGGCUCAAGAUGCCCAAGAUACCAUUGAGAUCUUCCUUCUCGACGUUGAGAGUGCCAAGAAUUGGGGGUUCAUCAAAAGGUGUACAAGCUACCUGAAGCAUAUGCACAUUGGAGAUGAGAUUGAGUCGAUCCGAGCUAGGCUUGAUGCCAUCGACAAAAGCCGCGAGACGUACGGGAUCAAGGAUCUCGGAGAGGCAACGGAGUCAUCAUCGAGAUCGGAAGUUGAAUCGCGGCGGCGGUUGAUUCCUUGGCAAAAGGACGAGCACCUUGUGGGCGUUAAAGAUGAUGUGGAAAAGCUGCUGCAUGAAUCGAUUUUGUGUGAGGAGAAGAAAGGGCUUUCCAUUACGGUGUUAGAGGGCAUGGGUGGGAUCGGGAAAUCGACACUUGCCCGGGAAAUAUACAACCACCCCAAAGUCGUUGCUGGUCCAUUCGACCGCCGUGGUUGGGUUGUGGUGUCGAGUGAAUUUACACCACAAGAGACGAUCAAGCAGCUUAUCUUGGAGCUGCCGGGUUCUCGCAACAAAAAGGUGCAUGAAUUGGAGGAGUCAACCAAGGACAAGCAAUACCUCCUACAAAACCUUCAAGAACUGCUUUAUAAGCAAUUGAAGGGAAAAUCAUAUUUGAUAGUUCUCGAUGAUGUGUGGGAGAAGGAACAUUUGGAAUCUCUCAUCACUGCUUUCCCAAAUCAACAAGGAAAAGUGAACGGGAAGAGAGAUGCUUUCCACAAGCGGAUGAUCAACAUGCUCAAAAAAGCACUCUGACACUGAGUCAGAGAAUGAGGAAGUUUCUGAGCUCGAACUCGAAGGUCAGACGUGGAGGCUAGCAAAGCUCUCACUCCUACAUUCUACACAACAGAGGCUGCCAAACUCUGGAAGUAUCUCAAAAAUUCUCUCGUGUACAACGAGCGAAACAUUGAUGAGGUAUCUUUUAAAGACUACAACUGGCUGGAUUUUCUUAAAUUUCUUAGAUUGUUAAAGUCUGUGUUAGAAUUUAUGCCAUAUAACAAAAGGGUGGUUCAAUUGGUUUAUUCUAAUCUGUCAACGGAGUUUGGGGAUAAAAGGAAUCGAAAGUAUGGGAAAUUGUUUUACAAUAACAAGGUUUAUAACCUUUACCCUUGCCAUUAUCAAUGAAAUGCUUGAGACGCCCAAUGUGAAGGGCACAGUGGUAAAGGACAUAGACAAAGUUGCAGAGGUGAUCACAGGAGGCAAGUUAAAGAAGUGGAUGAAAUCGAUGGAAUCUUCGAACUUGUCCUAUCUGUACUCGGCGUUAUUCAAGAUAAUGACGUUCAAUUGGGUGGUGUCAUCCAAUUUUACGGUCAUCACACUGCAGCGCGACAUAUUGCUUUACUGUAUUGGCGAGGGAUUGCCAUUCAAUUUGGGCCAGGUCAUUUUUGACCAAAUUGCUGCUAAAUCGCAACUAUCUGCCUUGCUUUUUCACUCUCUUAUCUACAGGGUACUUGAUGUACUAUUUUUCUAGCAACCAAA